CGGGUUAUACCUUUCGUGUAAAUACACCUUUACAUUUGGAUGACUAAUUGAGAUAAGAUUACCAUUACAACUAUAUAACUAUCAUUGUUAAAUUUGGACUGUAGUGAAGUUUGGACAUAUUUGAAAGUGCAUCGAAAGUGUUGCUAACACAUUAACGGACAUUAAUAUAAUUAAAAUAAAAACUGUGAUACAGUGACUAUUAGUGCUUGUAUUUUCAGAACAUUUUGCACGUUUUUAGACUUAAAUCUUAAUUUUCAAAGCAGACGACAAAAUGUCAACUUCCAGACGACAAAGUUUAGAUGUGCCAGAGAUUCAUCAUGAACAGAAUGCUGACGACUACACAGCGUCUAUAGAACUGUCGAACGCUUGUAGAGAAUUCUACAGGAAUCGCGUGAAAGCAACGGAACACUUCAAACAGUCGAUGAACAGCAAACAUAAUGUGGAAACAACUAAACCUAAAAAGAGAACCACGAUAGAUGAUGCUAUGGAUAAGCUAAGAACUGAAAUGGCAUCUCUGAUGGACCAAGAUCUUUCAUUGAUGAAACAACUUCUCACUCUAAACGAAGCUAUUGAAGAUUUAAAAACAAAGCGUCUAUAUCAUGUGAGCAAAGAUUCACUCCGUGCCAGCUCUCAAGAAUUGCACGCAAGCGAUUGGUCAGUUUCAGAAACAGACAUGUUUGAAACUGAUGAUGAGAACGAAAAGAAACUUGACUUUAAAGACAAAAUGUCUUCCUUAUCUCUUCCUGUGCCUCUAACACAGGACUCAAAAUUUCAAGGUCAUAUGGGAUUUUCUCGACGAUCAGACAUUACAAUCUUGGUACGAGAUUCAAUCCAAAUUAACCACAGACCGCAAAGUUCUUUGGACUCAGGCUACGGUGAUGACACAUACCAAAAGAUGUACAACGGACCGAUUGAAGUUUCAUUUUAGAUUUCUGUUAUAAAUAUGCAUAUAAAUGUAUAAAGUGAACACACCCCAAUCAUGUACUCAAUACAAACAAUUGAUAAGAACUGUUUCCCGGUCCACAGUGAGAGGAAACUGGCUCCCGUCUUGAGACCAACGCAUCACCUAAGAUGAAGCGGGUCAUCGGACGGCUCCAAGCUGGAAAACCAGGUGCUGUGAUGAACGUUUGUGCAGAAGCAUCAGACGUUACUAUGCGAAGAUUAAUACCUGGGACUUUAUGUUUCCAACUGCCUAGCCAAAAUGUUGUCAACAAACUUGUACAGUUCUCAUCUCCGUGUUUUACCAUCGUUGUUCAUCAAAGAAGGAUCUUUUCUAUAAACUCUUCAUCAAAGAGACAAGAUUAGAAUCUCCGUAUUGAAAUAUAAUUUAAAUAAACUUUCCGUAUAAAGGAAAGAACUUCCAUCAAAUAAAAUAGACUGUGUCGCUGAAUUGACCAGCAUGACUGUGAUACCAACAAAAAAUAAACUAUGUCGGAUGGGAAUUAUAAAAACUGAAAAGAGAUAUGAAAUGCGAAAUGAUCGUUGUUACACAAGACACGAACUUGAUAUCGAAAACAACUGUCGCCGUAGAGUUCGUCUCAUCCAUAAACAUUCAAUGCAGAUGCACGCGCGUGCUAGAUUUUAUCUGUGAUAAAUAUAUAUAUGUAUUUCAAUAUAUUAUCCAAGGACUAUUUUAUACGAAGACUGUGUUCAGCAGACGAUAUGUAAUAAUUAUUAUACAGUGUCAGGUAUUGCGAAAAAUGUGAAAAAAAUGUACUGUUGCAAAAUCGAGAAAAAUAAUUUAAUCAAUGAAUAACCAUACAAGUUUUGUACAUUGGCGUUAUUACUGUUAUGAUUUAGAUUUAAAAAGUAUUUUCAAGAAUCUGUAAAGUAUACUUGUUUUGUUUAAACAAUUACCAUGCCACAUGUAUACUUAACAUGUGUACCUUUUAAAUUAAAUUUCAAAACGGUAGAAAUCAGGUAAAUGUAACAUUUAUGUCUACAAUUAUUCGGUCACUUAAUGUGUAUGUAUAGAUAUGUCUAAAAUUUAAUGAUAGGUUUGAUUGAUUUAAAGGUUUUGACAUAUAUAUUUUUUAAGGUUAUAUAAAUUUGUAAACGAUAUUUUGAACAGCAAUACGAUCGCCCCAUUUAAUUGCUUGAAUUGAUAUUAAUGUAUUUUUUCAGUAUAAUUGGAUUAUUUUAUAUAUACCUGAUACAAACCGUGUAAUUUAUACUACAAGGGGAGGUAGAGUAAAGUAUAUUUAUGUAACCAAAUAUAUGUAAUUAGAUGUGCUAGGGCGGAUCUAAAAGUCUAUAAAUGUAUGUGCACAAAAUUAACUGUGCAAGAAAUCAAAAUUGAAAUACAUAUACGCAAAGUGCAAAGUGGCUUAAUAAAAACUUGCCGAAAACAUUUGUUUGUCUGAAAAAACUACAACAUGAUAUUUCAAACAACAUGUUCAUUGUUGCUCAAAAGACCACAAAUAUCUGAAUUUACCACAGUAUGAUCCGCCCUUGUAUUGUAUGAAAAUUGGUUAAAAUAAUGCAAAUUGUGAGCGAACUAGUAUGACGUCACGUUUUGGGAAAGAGCCAGUAUGAACAAAGCUUCUAUUCUAGUCAGUAUGUUAUUGAUAUAUUUGUUAAUUGAAAUAAAACAUGUAAAAUAUA